AUGGCCGGUGAAGAUGACGUGGUGUCCCCUCCCCACACCACGAUGGUUCAUGCGUAUCACCCGGCCCUCAAUGCCACAAAUGUCAAAGCCUUGAUCCCCCUUGUUCUUGAUGUAGACAACGUGCAAUAUACUCCUUGGGCGACCUUGUUUCGUAAUACUGCAAAGGUUUACAUGGUUUUGGAUCAUAUCGAUCCGAACGUCAAGAAACCAAAGGACAUGGAUGAUGAUUUGUGGGAACGUUUGGACGCCAUUGUGCUGCAAUGGUUGUAUGGUACUAUUUCAAAGGAACUCUUGCUCAAGGUUUUGGAUGAUAAGGCGUCUGCCCUAGACAUUUGGAAUCGGCUCAAGAAAAUUUUCCGUGACAAUAGAGGGACACGAGUGGUCUUGCUGGAAAAUCAAUUCGGUGCCAUUAAAAUGUCAAAUUAUCCAUCUCUUGAGGAGUACUGUCAGGCCCUAAAGACAGUUGCUGACCAACUCGCCGCCCUCGACCACCCUGUUUCGGAGGAGCGUCUUGUUCUUCAAUUGGUGGGAAAGCUGGAUGCGGAUUAUCGGACUAUUGGCACAAUUAUUCGUCAAACGAAUCCCCUUCCUUCAUUUGACGAGGCAUGCUCUACGUUGGAUCUUGAUCGUCUCGGCCGCCUUACCGAGAAAGAGGACGACGGUGCGUCAACAGCCCUGCUGGUCUCGGGAAACACCCAACACAACUCCGCCUCUGUGCCACAGCCGCCGUCGACCAAUGGUGGGGGCAGUGGUGGUCGUGCUGGUAGUGGAAAAACAGGCGGUGGGAAGAACUACAAAGGGAAGAAACACAACUCUCGUGGUUCUGGUUCAGGGAGUUCGGGUUCGAACUCAGGUGGGCAGGCCCGCGGUUCCCAACAACAACAGACCCAGCAACCUGUGUUUAUGAAUCCAUGGGCUAACUUUUGGGCCCAACAGUUCAUGUGUCCCCCUUGCCCAUAUCCUUCUCAGCCAUGGAGAAACAAUGCUAACCCCCAAUAA